CACCAUGGGACCCGCAGAUAUAAAGAAGUGGGAAGUUUAUGUAUAGAAUUUUUUUAAGCUAAAUUUUUGGAGCUUAUACCGCUGAUAGAUAACUGGCUCGUCAAGCUCGUUGACUUGCUUCCGUCCUUCUUUCGUUCAAUCGAGCGUAUGCAACGUUCUUUACGAUUUAGCCGUAAGGUAUUUGAAAACAUUUGGUCAACGCGUCGAAUAACUAGCAUGGUUUUUGCAUGUCAACAAGAUUCUUUCCUCAGAGAGCUGAGGACACAGGUGUUGUCCUGUAAAUCAAGCAAACUUGCCGACAAGGCUGUGUACGAAGUUGUUCUGGAAGACACUGUCUUGUUUCCCGAAGGAGGGGGUCAGGUAGGCAGGGAUUAUUUCGCGAUUUGGUUAGAUUUAUGCACAGUUUCUUACUUCAUUAUGCGUAUGAAGUUCUUGGAGAGAGAAAACAAUGGCGAAAAAAAUAGAUAUGUACCGGAAAUCUUUCCAAAUAAGUACAUAAAUGGAAGUAUGAAAUAAGGAUAUACAUGUAAGAUCUCUGGUUUGAUGUGUGAUGCAAAGAUUGGUUUUUCGUAGUGUCAGAUGAUGGAAAUAAUGACUGUUAUGAUCUUCCCAGUCUCUUUAUGACUCCCACAUCACACCUGUUCUUACAGAUUACUAAACAGCAUCCAUACACUUAGUUGUUGGGUAAUUGCCUGAUGUUCUGCCACACAGUUAUCUGAGAUGAAGGUCAUUUUGUUCUGUUGGGGGAGGGGGGAGAGGGGGUUGAGUUGACACACAUUCACUAAUCUUUCUUGAAAGUUGACUUUGAAUAUCCCCUGCUCAAAGUAGGAUUAGAGUGGGCAAGUCCAGGGCCCAUCUUGAGUACUCUGGCAGGCAAUCAGAACAUCAAGAUACAGGAUUUGCUUCAUUGUUCCCAUAGGUGCUGCUAGCUUUAUACUAAAACCAAAUGUUUGUAGCUGGUGAGAUUCAGUCUAUUAGGACUGUUACAUACAUAUAUAUUUGAGUUUCUAUAUAACACAAUGAUACUUCUUUUCUUCCUCAUGCUGAAUGGUCCAUUUGUGAUUAAUCUGCUGACAUGAACAGCCUGAUGAUAGAGGAACAGUAUGUAUUAGCUUUGAAUAACUCCUCUCCACUACUGCUAUGGAAUUAAGAAUUCUUUUUUUCAUUGAUUGACCUUGAUUGUGACUACUGCAAUUUUAAAUCAUUGUAGAUAACUUUAAAAUAUAGGGGAUGUGAUCACAGUCAGUACAACUGUUUGUGUUUGUAAGUUUUUGGUCAAAAGAGCUACCUGCAUGGAGUUGAUUUUUUUGCCAAAUGUAUGGUCCCAUUCUUGGCCAGCAACUGGUAAAAUUCAGUGAUAUCUUGAGGAAUUAGUACCUCUGAAUGGGAUCAAGAUAAAGCCAUUGAUUGUCAACAACUUUUAAUACCAUCUAGGGCUGUCUUCUUUGUAAGAUGCCUGAUUAGUGAAGGGAAGUGUGCUUCACCUACAAUACACUCAGAUAGGGAGAAUGAAUUGUGAGAAAUAACAAUAGGCUACAUGGCACUAUGCGAAACUAUUAUAGUAUGGGACCUCUUCUAUCGAAACCAUGGUUGCAGUCAUCUUUUUUCUCAGUUUUAUUCACAAAAAACUUAAGUUUAAAUGUAUUCACUGAAUACAAUAUAUUUUCUUAUAUGCUUCUCAUUAAGGAAGGAGAUAUAUGUUGUCUCCCCAACAGAUUAAUGGCAUUGAAGUCAUGAGAGUGGUUAGACAAGGGGGACGUGCUAUCCAUUACAUUCCUGAGGCAGUUCCUGAAGCAACUGAAGUUAAUCUUGUCAUUGAUUGGUCAAGGAGAUUUGACCACAUGCAACAACACUCAGGUGCUUUUAGGACUAUUAUGAGACAGUUUUGUUUGUGUAAUCUUUUGCUCGUUAGCUGUUUACUGGUAUUGUGGAUAAUUUUUAAACAUAAUCAAUUUCUAUCCUAGAUUGCAAACUUAUCUAUGGCAUGUAGCCCGAGGAAUGUUUAUAUCUAGGGUUGAAAACUGAGUUUGAAUGAUCCAGGAAAAUGUUUCACAUGUUUAUUUUGAAUAUGGGUCAACCAAUCAGGAAACAACACAACAUAAAUUUUCAAUACUUAUUACUGUCAUUAUUUUGUGUCUAACACUUAAGCUUCACACUCAACAUAUUCUUGAUGUAAUUGAUUUUGAGUGGCAAGACAAACUUCUUUCUCAAAAUAUUUCCUAAGUGAUGGUAACUUCACCUGCACUGUUUCAAACUUCAGGACAGCACUUAGUGUCUGCCAUCAUUGAAAACAAGUUUGGUUAUGAAACAACUUCAUGGUAAGCAAGUUAUUGUUAAUAUACAGAAUUACAUGUUCAGUUAGAUUCUUUACACAACAAUCAAUUGAUAAGAUCAUCACAAGGUGGAAUGCAGACCCAGAGAAACAAAGAAUUGUUAAUACAGAUAUUUUAAUUUUUGUUGUUGUUAGGGAGUUAGGAAAAUUACGUUCACACAUAGAACUAAACUGCAAAAAGCUCACUGCAGAAGAAAUGGAAUGGAUAGAGACAACAGCCAAUGAAAUCAUAAGGAGAAAUACACCAGUCAAUGUUCAUAUUUAUCCUGAUGCAACUUCUGCUAAACAAGAGAAUGUAAGUUUGCAAAUUUUAUGAAAGACUGUCCUCUUUGGACCCUGAACAUCUAAGCAGCAAGUAUGUCAUUUACAAUAAAUAGCUUUAAUUAACAAUCUGCUCUUUCUAAUGGGGCAUGUACUAAAAUCUGAAACAGCAAAAUGAAACGACAGAAACAAAACAAGUGAAACAAGAGAAACCACUGAAGCAACUAAAACAAAACGACGGAAACUCCCAAAAAAAAUAAACCAAAAACAGUCAAUAAUAAUAAAAUUAACACUCAGGGCUGUCAGGGGUCAGCCAUCAUAUUCCUCUAGAUUAGAUUAUGGUCUACUCCUGAUCUAUCUUAAUAUGGCUGGUGUUCUCUCCUGGAAACUACACACUAAUGUCAAAUUAAAGUUUCAACUGCUUGUGGGGUGGAAAAUAAAUAAUCAGUUUUGUAAGAGAGCCUUGAAAGCAAGAGAAUGUCUGAAGUAAAAUCCACAUUUUCCACAGCAUUUCAUCUAUAUUAUUGUAGUGGUUUUAUUUUGGUCAUUAUAAUUGUUUAAUUUUGGUUAUUAUGGUUGUUUUGGUUGUUUCAGAUGUUUGGUUUUACUGUUUGGGGUUUUAGUACAUUCCUCUGAAGGCUGGUUUAUGAAAAAAAAAACAAGUACAUGCAUAAGCCUAUAUUCAUGCAUUAAGACAAAGGAUUUUUUAAACCAGAGGGUCUUCUAAUCAUCAAUUCAUCCAUUUUUGCCAAUGCCAAAGCAAUCAGAGAAAAAAAAAACCAAAAAAAAAAACCAAAGCAGCCUCUUCUUCUUAUGCUAUCAUGUGUUAGGUGAAUGUCUCCCCAAAAGGUGUGGUACACAUGUAAAUGCAAUUGUUUGACUAUGGAUGCUGUGUUUUCAAUACACUGUUAACGUGAUAGUUCUUUCUCUCCCCAGGCAAGCACAAGAGGUCUUCCUGAUGACCAUGAAGGUCCUGUCAGAGUGAUUGAAAUACCAGGUCAGUGAUGUGCAAGGGAAACAAAAGUUUCCCUGGGAGGGGACACAAGCCUUCUAUUAGAUGUCCCUUGCCAUAUGUUUUAACCCUUUGCCAUUUAAGAGUGACUAGCAUUUGAUUCCUUCUUGCAAUGUCACCCUUGAAUCACACUUUAAGGUCUCAAGAGUAAAAGAAAUGAUCAUCAACAAUUUCUCCUUGUCAGAACCUAAGGAAAUGCAGAGAGAAAACUAUGGAGGAUAUGCAUACUGAUGUUAGAAGAAAAGGGUGAAAAGAGUUAAUCAAAUUAUACUAUAUCUCCUUUGUAAGGAGAGGUAAUAUACAAUGUGCAAGUCAUCAAACUGCGUUGAUUUCCAGUUAUAUAUUGAUGAUUUUUACUUAAAUUCCUUAAAAUAGUUUCUGUUGUUGUACAGUUGUCAUUUAACACAAAUGGCAAAUUUUAAGACUUGUUUUUAAUUAAUGUCAUCAUUUAAUCACUAGGUAUAGACAGAAACAUGUGUUGUGGAACUCAUGUUACCAAUCUUAGUCAAGUUCAGGUAAAUGGAUGCCCUAGUUAUUUUGUUGUAUGUAAGGCUGUGAAGACUUCUUUGUGUUCCUCAACAAGGAGGGAAACAAAAAAGAGCUGGGAACAAGAUUGUGAAGUUUUGUUUGUCACAAAAUGUUGGCACUUUAGUUUUGGAAGCCUAUUCCUUUGUCUAUUUAGUGAGUGUUACAGACUUGUACAGUGUGACAUCAGGUCAUGAGAAACUUGAUGUUUGUAAUCAUGUGACUUUAUCGUUUUUGUUUCUUCAUUUUGAAAUAAAUCUCUCUCUGUGUGGUUUAUAUUAAUCAAUGUGGGAACCUUAAGAUCCUUUGAUUCUUUCAAUAACCAGCAUUUGACACCCUAUAAGGCAUUACCUUGAAGUUCUCUUAUAGUGAGGUUCUUUGAUGUGGGAAAAAAUGCUGCCAUGUGAAAUUUCAUACCUGUCUCAUAUCAGCCAUUUCAAAACAGUGACAAGUAGAUUCUAAAUGAAGAGUGAUGUCAUUUAGCAAAGUGAUGAUGCCAUACCCUCAAUCAAAUUUCAACUAAAUGAAGCAAACAAUAUUCCCAAAAUUUUAGGUUCAGGAUAUGAUGGCAUCACCCUUCUGAAUAUUUUUAGCAAUUAUUCAAACUUUUAAAAAAUAUCUCCUGGACUUAACCAUGAUAUUUCACAAUGGAAAAUGCCAUUUAUGAACUUCAGUAGAAUUCUCUGUGAAAUCCCCUAGAAUAUCAGUGGUGAAAAUUUGGUCAUGGUGGCACUUUCAGAAUUAAUCUUGACUUCUCUGCACAAGGGAAAAAACAACAAAAUGGGUCCCUAAUGAGGAUGUUUUCUGAACUAUGCAAGUCAGGCCCACAAGGUCAUCUGUCAAUAAGAUUUAACCAAAUUUACUUCAUCUCUCCUCCCAUGGAGGCUUCCAUAUAGCAGUAUGACUGUGCCAAGGAUCAUAUUGUUGUACUAAAUCAAUUCAUUGUGCACACACAUAGAUGUCUUUUCAUUUUGGUCGAAGUCAAGAAGAUGUGUUAAAUAAUGAAGAAUGCAUUUGCUUUUUUGUUUGUUUAUUUUAUUUGGCAGGUUAUUAAGUUGUACCCUGAGACAGAGUCAAUGCGAGGAGGUACCAGACUAUUCUUUUUGGCAGGAAACAGAGUUUUAAAGUAUCUGGGAAAGGCUCUAGAUAACGAAAGAGCAUUGACAAAAAUGUUGAGGUAAAACACAAACAGAUUCUUGUCAGUUCUCAAUCAGUUGUUUUUCAGUUUAACCUUUGUUAAGCUCACAUGGCCACAUUUAAGGUGCAGCAGUGAGCUGGACCAUAGGUUUUAAGUGGCUUAGUUAAAAUUCAUGUUGAUUAAUUAAAUGCACUUGUUGAUGCCUAGAAAAGUAGAUAGUCAUUAAAAGCAAAUCAUGAAGUGUUUGUAUAAUUUUGUGUAGUGUUGGACCUGAUGAUCACUCCACAGCUGUGGAUCGGAUUCAAACAUCACUUAAGGCUGUAAAUAAGGUAGUGUCUUUUACAUGCUUUCAGAGGUAUUUGUUUAAUACCACCAGGGUAACUGUACUUCUUAUCUCUCUGCUGAUAGCUACCAAGUUUUUACUCCUGCAAUUGCAGCACAUCGUUUCUGAAAUAAAGUAACUGCUUUGUACAGGUGUACUUGUUGCUUUUUUGUCAAUGUUGCUGGUAUUCACCCACUUUGUCCACUCAUUGAUAUACAGGUUACAAAGUCACAGCUAAAAGAGAUUGCACAGUUGGAAGCUUACCAGCUUAAAGCAACAAGUGAAACAAAAACAUACCUCUUUAUACACAGGUGGUUAUAAAUGUUUAUGAACUGAGUAGUAUGCAGCCAUACUGUAACUGGUCCAUCAUUUUUUUUAUUUUACCAGUAUUCCCAUGGCUACACAAUGAAUUAAAAGUUAUAGACUGCACUCUUUAUUUGUUCACUGGCAUUAUUGUGUGCUUGCGAUGCUGGGAGAUUUCUCAAAGUUUUUGAGGGAUUUUGUUUCUGCUCAUGAUUUCUUGUGUUACCUCAGUAUCCUAUGUUGGCUAUGAUGUUAUUAAACAGACAAAAAGUGCUGUCUAUUGUGUUAUCAAGGAAAAUAACUACAAUAUUGAUAUCAGCACUAUAUAAGCUAUAUAUUAAGUAACAUGGCUUUUCAGUUCAGCAUUGUAGACACGGUUACCCUUCCUCUCACAGUGCAUCUCUCCACCCUUGUGUUUCCAAUUCCACAUAAAUUGGCAGGGAAACCAGACAAAAUUGGUGUUUGGGCUAGUGUGUGUUGGACUAGCAAGCAAUCAAAAUCCUAAUUUUUUCAUGCUAAAGAAAUAGGGUUAAGUUUGUAUUUUCUGAGCUUGUUGUGUGCAAGACUCUGAUGCAAGUGUGGUUUUGGUUUUUCAUAAUAGUCAAGGACACUAUUUUUCUUAUGCAGUUAUUUUAACACAAGAUUAGCAAAGUGAUUAUUGAUAUAAAUGAAUUCAGGAUGCAGGAAGAAGUGUAAGUGGGCAUGAAUUAAAAAUGAAAAGAACAUUGACAACAACAAAACAAAUCUUGACAACCAUAAGGAUUUACCUAAGCAAUGUAGGAGUAUCUAAUAUAGCCCUGAAUUAGAAAGAGCAGCUGUGUUGUCUAACCUCUGUAUCAGGUCCCCUGUGAAUUUAAAUUCACUUUUAUUGCAGAGAAAAUGGAGACAUGGACUACAUGAAUGCAUUGGUGAAUGAACUAUCAGACCAGGUAAAUGAAGUGUAACAGUCUUAAAAUUGUUUCUGUUGAAAAGAGCCUAGCUGUUAGCAUGAUUCUCAGACAUUCUAAGAUCCUUUGCAAAAGUGACCCUGGCCAAGCUUAGAUUUAGAAUUGUCUAAUGCUUGGGUAUUGCUAAGCAAAUUUUCUUUGGCAAAUUCAUGCCAACAAAUAUAGUUUGUCUCUGUUUGUAGCCUCUUCCAGUGCUGGUGACAGUUGGCCCUGAUAAAGGGCCAGGACAGUUCCUUUUGUAUGGCAAUGAAAAACAAGUGGCCCAAAUAGGACCAAAGUAAGUUUCAUUCAUUUAUUGUUAAGUCUGACUUUGUGUUGAAGUACAACUAUUGUUUUUUAGACACCUUAUCAAUGUAAAAUAUGUCCACACCUUACUAAACUUUGGGAUCACUGUGUUUAAAUCUGCACAGAUCUUUGGCACUCUAAGCAUGGUCAAUUAAUUCAUGGUGAAGUUAAUCCACCAUUACUUGGAAUUGUAAUUUUAGAUUUAAUUCUCAACCUAAAAAUUUGUGGCAUAUUUUCCAUUCCCUAAUCUUCUACUAUGGAAUUUGACUAAUGUUAAACAUCUUGAAUAAUGUUAAACCCCAGAAUACCAUAUGUAUUCCCUGGUGGAUAUGGGAUGAAAACCAGUCUAACCAAUUACAUUCAUUGUGUCUCGUGGACUUGACACCAGAUAAUUCCAUUUGAUAUUGCAUAAAACACAAGAUUCCUUGUCAAGUAGUUUGGGAGGAUGUUUUGGUAAAUAAAGUGUGGUCUCAUUUUCAGAAUUGCUACUCUUCUGGAAGGAAAAGGUGGUGGGAAAAAAGGAAGAUUCCAAGGAAAGGCAAAUACAUUAAAAACAAGAAAUGCUGUGGAAGAUCUGUUAAAGGAAUUUUUCAAGUUAUCAGUAAAUGGUAGUGAAUAAUACGGCAACUUGUAUCAAAAUGUUAAAUUUUAAAUUUAGAGGAGUACUCCUUAGGCAGAAAUCCCAAUUAACCAUGUCUUUCUUUGAAUGCUGUUGUCUUAAAGUAGAAUUAUUGUAAACCAAAGCAAUUUAAUCAACGGCUUACGUGUUUUACUUUAUUUCUUAAAGUUUAAAAACUUACCUGUCUGGUUCGCAAUAUCUUAUUGUAACUAUUAGUAAACAAUUAAAAAAAUAUUUUAAGUGACCAGUCACUUUGAACAGAUUUUUGCCAAAGGAAAGAACACAUGACGUUUUUCAGUAGCUAUUUCUUAGAGCUUUGUGCGGCUUCCGCCACAAAAUAAAGCAAACCUGGUGUCAUCAUGCACCAUAUAAUGUCUUACUGAUGUGUCUUGGUUGUU